CCACCGCACCACACCGCACCGCACCCGCGCGCACACCGCACACUCACAGCUGAUUCACAGAUUGUGUGAGAAGGAGGACAGUUCAGGAUUUUAUGGCGCUCUGGGAUUCUCGCGCGGAGGAAAUUUUUCUGAACAGAGACCUAUACGUCUGAACUGAGCUGUGGACGAGUCGAUCAAUCCCCACUGCUGAGGGUUGGAGAGAUGGACAGAAGGAAGGAAGGAGCGGGGGAUGGUGGUGCUUGAGUCGUGAUUGACCAAAAAGUCACGUGACGAUUAUAUCGCAGGAAGGAAGGAGUUCGAUACUACAUGAAGAGAAUUUUUUCAAGGAAAAUGAAAGUGGAAAAUUGAAAAUUGAAGUAUAAUAAGUGUGAUUUCAGAUGGAAUCUAAUUACUGAAGACGAAGAGUAUUUCCUUGUUUGUUGUUGAAACGAAAGUAUGCGUAAUACGAUGGAAUAAACACUGGUGAUAUUUCAAAAGGAUUUGAACUGACGAAUGUAUACUCCAAGUGUUCUUAAAAACGUGUGAACGUGAAAGUGAAUGGAAAUUUUUUCAAGUUGUGAAUCAGUUCACCUCAGUACAAAAAAGCCCCACCUCAUUUGGAUCUCCUGUGUAAGACAUAAAAAAAAGUUCACAUCAAACUGAUAGCAAAAAUCGAUUCGAUUUGAGAAGCUCUUAAACCGGGAAGAGGAUACACCUCAUGUGGAUCUUGUGUGUAAAACAGACGAAAAGAAAGUGCUCAUGACACUGAGAGAGAAUCGAUUCGAUUUCAGAUGAAAGAUUCCUGAUGUAGUGUAGAGUCCUUCAGAAGAUGGAGACAAGAACAGAGAGCGGACACUCGAGGUGGCCGGAUUCUAUCUGCUACAUGUCCACCCAGCCGGACAGGCCAGCGCUACAUUUAUGAGCCUGGCAGACGCCCGUAGAGCAGCCAGGGCAAGCGUACAGUUUGAAGACACGUGCUCCCCAAAUCUCCGCGGACACCCCAAGAAAACGUUCUUUUCAACCGUCGUCUUUUUGCUCCGGUGCCUCACAAAAGGAGAGAAACUAUGGGCUCCUCCUCCUCUCCCUCCCCCUUCCCCUUCUCUCCCUCCCCUUCCUCCUCCUCCUCCCCUCCUCGAGUGCUGCUACUGUGUGCUGCGUUCGCCUGUCUCCUGGGUCCCCUAGGGCUUUGUUGGGGCCUCCACCUCACUCCACAACAGCAAGGGUUCAAGCAUCACCGACAUCCCGGUCAGUCCACCCUCCACCCGCCCCCCGCCAUCCCAUCACGACACCACACGACGUCUGCCAAACUCCUCACAGCCUCCAGGUCCGGAGACAUUCUGGCACGGCCCCUUGUUCAUUCGAUUAGUGCUGGACAAAUUCGGCUCCUUUCAUCUCUGUCUCCUAGGGGGUCGGAUGAAAGGCCAGCCCAUUACCCCCCUCCUAGAAGAAGUGACAAGAGCAAACUGUUUGUGUCUCGCGAGUCCCAACCAUUCGCUGCGGCGACGAGUUAUGCUGGUACCGAAAUCGACCAGGCGGGAAAUAAUUUGAGAUCAUUGUCUCUUCCUUCCAGUGUUUUUAAGUAUAGGCGAGGCAAAAAUGUCGACAAAACCCUCUUGAGUGGUUCAAACAAGCUUUACGGGAACACGAAACCAUUCACAGAAUUAAGUCUAGGAGACGUUGGGUAUCUGCUUGAUGAAUCGAGUCGCGAUAAACUGACAAGAUCUGACGCAUCCCGCAGUAAUAAUGACCAGGACAUGAGGGUGGUCAGUCUGAACUCAAUGACCCCCGGAGGUCAAGGAAGAAGAAUCAGCUCGGGGUCAGUUAUUUCAAACCGACGUGCGGAAAGGGGAACAACUCCUUCGCCGCUCUCUAAUUCGGAGAUUUCAAAGGGAGGUAAUCAUCGAGUCAGCGCUACAACGACAACUACUACUGUGUACAGCGGUGGACGGCGCUGGCGGUACCCGGGACGUGGGGGACCAUCAUCUCACAAGGGUAUCAAUAGCUGGGAGGUCAAGAGGUCAAGGGGCGGGGCUGCUGCUACUCGCCACACAGAGAUCAUCAUCUCAUCCUCCUCCGGGAAGCUGAUUAGGAGGAGAAGAAAUGCCGGCGACAAUAGUAGCAGCGCUGCGGGAGACGGGUUUGGUUUCUUCAACGAUAGCUUUGAUCAUAAUAACGAUACUUCUACUGCCUGGUCCAGCGAUAACGUCACAUCAGAGGCUGACAAUAAUGAGAUCCCCGUGGCUGAGCCUUCGACUGCUGUGAACUUAAACACGCCCGUCUUUUCCGAGAUCAACGCAAUCCCAGAAGGCAUUUUCGAUUCAAACGCAGACGACAACUCGUCUUUGAAAAUUGAGAACCCGAACAACCCUUCGAUUCAUUCCAAUACAAGCACUGUAGAUGAUGAAAGUCUUUCUAGUGGCGUCAACAACAACGAUUUCAACAUCACCAUUCCCGAAAGUGAAGGUGAAAGUGAGCCAAAGAUUUCGACCAAUGAAACGAAUACCAUUCCUCCUGUAACAACAGCCAGUCCCUCUAUUCCGUACUCAAACCUCAACCAGGAUGUUGUCAAAGAUUCGAAUACGACGCAGAUCACGGGUGGCUCAUCCAAUAAAGAGAAGGAUGCUACUACUUCUGCAGAUAACCUCAAAGAUGGAAUGAACGACGAUCAACUGACUGGGACCAUCACAACAGGUUCGCCGCUGACCACAGCUAAAGUAGGCGGCGUCCACUGGAUACCUGAUCUAUCCCAAGUGACGUCGGCAGAACCGUUGGAACCGGAACCGGAGACAACGGAGUCUUCGGCUACAAAAGAACCGGUUCCAGAAACGGAGCCUCCGGUUUCGGAGGAACCGACACCAGAGACUGAACCCCCCGAUACGUCAACGUCUCCAGAAACUGGUGCCGAAUCUGAGUCAGGUCCGAAUGACGAUAAUUCAAAUUUGUGGUCGAUUAAGUCGGAGAAGAUCACCCCUAAUGACCCGAGUGACCCUGAUUUGAGACUGUUGACCACUGCUCAAACUCCGCCUUACACCAAACUCGAUGAUGGAUCCGAAACUAAUCCGAAUACGCCGGUUGUAAUCGGCGGUGACAAGGUUCCGCCGUUCGACCCUGACUCAGGCAAAGUUAUUGCUGAUCCCAAUAGCAGUGGGACUGAUCCGAACCCGGAAGGAUUUGACACAUCAACGAAUUCCCAUCCUUUGCCACGUGCUAACGGUUCCGAACCCGAAGUGGAACCAGAACCAGAAAACGAACCGACUCCGGAAUCGGAAGUGGGACUGGCACCAAAAACAGAACCCGAAUCAGAAUCGGCAGGCGAGCCAAAACCGGAAGGAGAAAAAGAACCAGAACCGGAAGGAGAAGGCAAAUCAGAACCGGAAGGGGAGGGAAAAUCAGAACCAGAAGGCGAAGGGGAAGGAGAAGGCGAAUCAGAAGCGGAGGGGAACUCGACCAGCGAGUAUGAGAACCGGCACCGUAAGCGAGGCGGCGGUACUUACGAACCGGCCGUAGAACCGGGUCCGGAGUGGGAAGAGGCCAAAGAGGCGUGGCAGUUCGCUUGGGAGAUUCACAUCUACGCCUUCGGGGGUUUGUUCGGCCUGCUGGGACUGUACACGUGUCUGAGCGUGGUGCGACUGUGGCGGAUACAACGCCUGUUGUCCAGACCGUACUUUCUGUCUCUCAACUCCCUGGUUCUGCUUCUGUGUGGCACCAGGUCCUUCUACCUGCUCUAUGACCCGUACAACUCUGAGGGGACCUACCACGUCAGCCUCAACUACUUCUUGUACAGGUGAUGCUGUUCGUGUGCCAGGUGUACUUCAUCCUGUGGGGACUCUUCCUUUUCUUCGGCUACGCCUACAUCUUUCGGAAGCUGUACCUGCACGCGGUGAAGCGGCAGAAGAACGUCAUGUACGGCACGGGCAACAAUGCUAACAACUCCACCAAAACCAAGGUAUCGUAAGCGUGAGGGCAGCUGUGGCUGCAGUGCGUUCUGCGCGCCGUGUACAGAGAUCCUAUGUUGUGGCCACACCAUCAACCGACCCUCCACUUCCUCCACGGGCUGGACUGACGUGGACGGCACUUCCGCCUCCAAGUUCCACUCGCUCCGCCUCGACAGCCGCGGGAGCUUCAACAACGGGAGUACCCGCAAACUUUUCGCGCGUUCAGACCUCGCUUCUGAUUCCGUGCCCAUCGUAGAGCAACCUACGCCUAACCUGGGAUCUAGACCCAGUUCUCUGUUGAUCAUCGAGGACGGUUACGUUCGGUUUCAGACUGAGAACGACAUCAACAGGCUUGUGGAUUCUUCCUACAACAACGUAGCAGACGCUGAGAAGAAUUCUACUUCUCCCCAAAAUGUUCACAAUAUGAACACGUUUCGCGUGAGGGAUGGCUUUGUGAACACGGGGUAUAUCGCGCACAAUACGCUUGAAGAUAAAAAGAAGCGGGGUGGUGGGGGUGAGGGAGGUGGUAAGCGUGUGGGGGUGAUCAAGGAGGAGAAUGCAGACGCCACGGCCGUCGUGGAUGUGACAGAUGGGGUGGAGAAGGACAAAUCUCGGAAGAGCAGCAUGACCAGCGCCGAGUUUUUCCGCAUCCCCAGCUCCGUGAGUCUCGCAGACAGUAUGGAGAACGAGCUGGAGAAAGCUUUUGAGAGUUUUAAAGUAGACAGUAGCGGGGAAGAAGAAAAAGAGGAAGACCCUGACACGCGCUCUCUCGAUCUUGGCCUGGUAGCGACCAGCCUCCCACAUCUACGAGAGACGGACCUCAUUUCCGUGGACUCUCUGGAGGACACUACAAACUUCCGUGGGGCUUCUGAAAAAAGCGUUCUUCACAACGCCGGACAACUUGAAAACGGUGACCCCGACGGUGGUCUUUCGAACCGGCUCAGCCCAGAACGCAGGCCUAUCACGCUACUGAGACGUGCCAAGUCUUCAGAGCUCGCCAAACCUCCCGGCGACCAGGAGGCAGAGGAGGAGGCGGCCCCGUACCCCGCUCAGCAAAAACUGUGUAGAAGCUACAGCGAUCACAGCUCGGGCUGCCAGCGGAAAAACUCCACGCACGUCAAGUAUUCCUACCUCCAGGACAUGGAGAGUAAAGAGAACCGGGUCCUGAACUCGGAGGGCAACGAUCUUGACAUUGAGAGGACCUCUCCUAUCUCCAACAGACGACCGAGUGACAGUCAAGGUCAACAAGCUGCCAUUAUGACGUCAUUGCUCAAGUCCAAAGACGCGGGAUCAAGUGACAAUAUCGAUGUGUAGUGACAGGUGGCUGUGUAGAUGUUCCUGCUGUGAAAUUGUUGUUGUUUCUUGGAUACCCAAAGACAGAACAAGAGCUAUUACUGGACAGAUUUAAGCAUUUUGGAGUACUGUUGGGCCAUUGUUCAAGAUUUCUUUUCUUCUUUUUUUUCUCUUCUUGAAACGUAUCGUGGUCCUUGUGGGAUAGGCCUAUGCCGAUGAUUCAGUUGUCAUCAAGGCGGGAGGUCUUGAACACAGUUUGUUAAGUGAAUGUUUCGAGGUUCUCCACGUGCUUGGUAUUAGUCUUAUUGGAGACAGACGUAAAAUUAUGGGUUGUUCCCAAAUCUUCAAUGACCCCUCAGUGGUCGAAGGGAGGUCAGACUCAUACUAUAUAUCACUCUCCAUCUUUUUAACUAAUAGGCCCAAAAGUUUUGGUUUGUGGAGAAGUGUGCGUAAGAUAAUUGUCUAGUUCAGAUUAGAAAGUUCUCUGUCUUCUUUUUUACUUCUGUUGAUGAGUUCUAAGCUGGGAAACGAUCAAUAUUCCUGGAGACAUUUUUUUUCCUAUUUGAUGAAGAAUAGAAAUGUUGGAAUAACAACGAAUCUGAAAUGCCGGUUUUUGUCAUUUUCAUUAUAAAGGCAAUUUUACCUCUGAACUAUACACAAGUUCAAAUUUCACGACAUUCAAAAGUGCCCGUAUGACAACGCCGCAUCACGCACCCAUGACAACUAUGCAAGGUCCAUAUUUGUACCAAACUAUAUUUCUAUUUUUACCUCUAAAGGUUUUUCACUUUUUUUUACACAAUUCAUGGUUCGACCAAAAGGUUUGCGCAAGAUUGUCGUAAGUCGAGUUUUGCAUCAGUUUGGAAUAUUUGACUCAAGCGAGUAUAAUAUAAAAAUUAAAUGUGCCCA